AUGGAGGACGAGAUCGCUGCCCUCGUGAUUGACAAUGGUUCGGGAAUGUGCAAGGCUGGCUUUGCCGGAGAUGAUGCUCCUCGCGCCGUCUUCCCCUCAAUUGUGGGUCGUCCUCGUCAUCAGGGAGUGAUGGUAGGAAUGGGGCAAAAGGAUUCGUAUGUUGGAGAUGAGGCUCAAUCGAAGCGCGGUAUUCUCACCCUCAAGUAUCCAAUUGAGCACGGCAUCGUCACCAACUGGGAUGAUAUGGAAAAGAUCUGGCAUCAUACAUUCUACAAUGAGCUACGCAUUGCUCCAGAAGAACAUCCCGUUCUUCUCACUGAAGCCCCACUAAACCCAAAGAAUAAUCGCGAGAAAAUGACUCAAAUCAUGUUCGAAACGUUCAAUACACCAGCCAUGUAUGUCAACAUUCAAGCUGUUCUGUCGCUCUACGCUUCUGGACGUACCACUGGUAUUGUCCUUGAUACUGGAGAUGGUGUGACCCAUACUGUCCCAAUCUAUGAGGGAUAUGCCUUGCCUCAUGCCAUUCAACGUUUGGAUCUGGCUGGCCGUGAUCUGACGGAUUAUCUGAUGAAAAUCCUCACGGAACGCGGUUAUACAUUCACAACGACCGCUGAACGAGAGAUUGUUCGUGAUAUCAAGGAGAAAUUGUGCUAUGUUGCUCUGGACUUUGAACAAGAAUUGGCCACUGCUUCUUCUUCAUCAUCUCUUGAAAAGAGCUACGAAUUGCCUGAUGGACAGGUGAUUACUAUCGGAAAUGAGCGAUUCCGUUGCCCCGAAGUUCUCUUCCAACCAGCUUUUAUUGGCAUGGAAGGGAGUGGAAUUCACGAAACAACUUAUUAUUCCAUCAUGAAAUGCGAUGUCGAUAUUCGCAAGGAUCUGUAUGCGAACACUGUUCUUUCUGGUGGGACCUCAAUGUUCCCUGGAAUUGCUGACCGUAUGCAAAAGGAAAUUCAACACUUGGCCCCGAGCACGAUGAAGAUCAAGAUCAUUGCCCCACCAGAGCGUAAAUAUUCAGUGUGGAUCGGAGGAUCAAUUCUGGCUUCAUUGUCCACUUUCCAACAAAUGUGGAUCUCCAAGCAAGAAUACGAUGAAUCAGGACCCGCCAUCGUCCACCGCAAAUGCUUC